AUGGGGAGGACUGGAUUGUUUGAUCUUGAAAGGCACUUCGCCAUCAAUGGGGCGUAUCACAGCAACCCAGUUAACAUUUUGAUUCACACUUUCUUUGUGUGGCCAUUAUUCUUCACCGCUGCUGUUCUUUUCCACUUCACACCCUCUCUCUACAAUUUCUCAUCUGGGUUUAACAAUCAUGGUUUCAAAUUGAAUUUAGGGUUUGUUUUAACUUUUAUGUAUGCUUUCUUUUAUGUCAAAUUGGACAAGAAAGCUGGGUCCUUGGCAGCUUUUCUAUGUUUUCUCUGCUGGGUUGGAGCCAAUGUUCUUGCUAGUGGGCUAGGGUUUGCUAAGUCAUGGAAGCUUGUUCUUGCUGCUCAGGUUUUCUGCUGGGGUGGACAGUUCCUAGGCCACGGGAUUUUUGAAAAAAGAGCGCCAGCUCUUGCAGACAACUUUGCUCAAGCACUUCUGAUGGGGCCUUACUUCGUGUUGCUUGAGCUUCUUCAAUCAGCCUUUGGGUAUGAACCUUAUCCAGGGUUUCAUAAAAGUGUGAAAGCAAAGAUUGAAGCUAAUAUCAAAGAGUGGAAGGUCAGGAACCGAAAGAAACUCUCCUGAUCAUUAGC